GUCAGUCAUUCACUCUAAGAUGUAAACAAAUGUUUGCAAUAUAAUUACACAAUAAAUACAACUAACCCAUUAAUUAAUUAUAAAACUGUCGAUAAAUUACCAGCACAUUUACUUGUUGCAAGCAAUGUUGCACACAGCGCGUGCCACGCACAAGUUGAACAGCAAAUUUCGGGGCAAGUCGCGCAAGCGUGUGGCAAAGAUGAGCAACCCAGAGACGAUGGCAGUGCUGAAGAGAUUCGAGACAACGGAUCAAGUGGUGCUUCGACGUGAUGCAUGCCUCUUGCCCAAGGUGAUUACCGACGUGUGGCGCGAAUGCUUCACGCAUCUGGAUCUCUAUGAGUUCCAGCAACAGUUGCCCGGCGACUCGUUGCUCAGUUUUCUCCGCAAGAUGCGGCGUCAUUUUGUCAGCGUGGAAUUUCGCAGUGAACUGUUGCAGGAGCAACUGAACCUGCUCGAUCGCAGUGGCAUCGCAGAGUUGCCCUUGGUGCGUGACUGCGUGAUACGUUGCGACAGCAAUGGGAUAGAGAAUGCCACCCAAUGGCCACUGCACACGUUGCCCAAGUUCUUCAAGUAUCUCACCCAGUUGCAGGUGGAGAUGCCCGUUCAUGUUGGGUUCAUUGAGCACUUUAAGCUCUUGAAAUCUUUGACACUGCACAACGUUGUAUCCAAGGAAGCACUCUCAGCUAUUUGGACUGGUUGCAAGGCACUGAAGCGUCUCCAGCUUCUAGGACCCGGACAUCCCAAUACCAUUGGCAUCUCAAAGUGCCUGGAGCUGAGAGAGUUGACUUUGAAUGUGGCCAGUUUCAAUGCGAGCAGCGCCUUUGAACUCCUUCAGAUGCCACAGCUGCAGUUCAUCGAGCUGCAGCAGCAUUCGGAAUCCGUGGAGACCGUCAGCGAAGCCAUCUGCCUGGUUCUCCGUCAGCGUGCUCUGGAUGUCCAUGGCAUCCAGCUGCAUGGUUAUCGCCCGGAGCAAGUCGACUGGUUGGUCAAGAUGCAGCUCAAUCGUUGCUCGCACUUGAAAAGUCUCGUCAUCAGCGAUAGUUUGUUUCAUGGCCUGGAUAUGCAAAGUCUGGGCACACUGCCCGUAUUACGUCAUGUCACCUUUUGGCAGUGCUUCGAUCUCAGGGAUUCACAGGUCCUUCACUUUGCCAAGGCUUGUCCGCAUCUGAGGCAGCUGCGUCUCCUCGAUUGCCGGCAUCUGACGAGCAAAAUGCUCAACGAAUUCUGCGAGUGGCGUUGCAGUAUUAAACGAACUUCGCAGCCACUUGAACUCGAUCUGGGCAAUUGUCAGCAGCUCAGAGAGGAGUUUGAAAAGCAUUUUUUGCUGCAAUCUUCGCUUGUUUUGGUGCAGUCUAAGCAGAAGCAUCCUCCUCCAAAGCCUCAUGUGCAGUUCCAUUUUCUUCGUCCUGUUACCAAACAAUAAACGAUAAACAUUAAGUAUUCACUAAGUGCAUUGAAACAACUGUCAUUAAUAUCUUAUG